GAGGAGCUCAGGCUCUGGGCGUUUCUUGGCCUGACCUUUGCCUCCCUCCUGUUUCCUGCAGUGGCCAGGGGAGGGGCAGUCAUCAGCUCCAGUCCUUGGGCAUGUCUGCACUGCCAGGGCAGGGCAUUCCUUCCUCCCCAGCCUCCCUAGCCUCCCCAGCUCUGGGGGCGAGUGCUGGCCACUUGGGAUAAACCCAGAGAAUCCAAGCUGUCCCCAAGGCCUCUUCUUGAGCUGCACCCAGGGGCUAGCCAGAGCGUGCCAAGCCUGCCAGGCCAGGGGGAGCUCUGAGGCCCUCAAGCCACUCAGCACUGCAACCCCCAGGGCCUCACACUUGGGAAGAAAGAUUGGACACUGGAAGAGAUGGGUGUGGAGGUGACAAAGUGGGGUCCCAGGCAGGGCAGCUCUGCCUCUGGUUUUGAUUGGGACUUGGUGACAUAGGGUGGCCCUGGCAAGAGAGAGCUGUCUUAGGGCAGAGGCCAAGGUGGGCAGGGUGGUGCUGGCCCCCCAGCUGAGCAGCCUGGUGCCCGAUAGCAGUGCCCAGGGGUGGGAGGUCUCUUCUCACCAGGCACAAAGUGCCAUUUCCAUGCCAGGACCUCUCCUUCAGAGAGCCGCAGCCCCAGAGAGGCAGGACGGGGGGACAAGUCCUUACCGGGUGAGCAACCAAAGCCCCAGGUCACUCCUUCAGGCACAAUGACCCUUCCUUCUCCAUCUCCUACCCACCCACGGGCCCCCAGUCACGGGGGAGGCAGGCCACCUUUUAUUGGGUGAAGCUCUGUGCUGGGCACGCUCUUCACACAUCCCUAAUGCUUCAAAGGACGUCUGAUGUAGAUAUGGAUGUCUCUGUUUUACAAAUGGAGAGACUGAAGCUCAGAGAGAGGAAGAGACUUGUCCGGGGUCACACAUAAUAGCAGAACCUUGGCUUCAAGAUCAGUUCCACAGGGCUCUGGAGCCCUUCUCUACCUCUACUCUCCCUGGCAGUGGGACCACAGACUGGGAGCCAGAUUGGAAGACUGAGGCCAGGAAAGGGGAAGUCAGACAGUGAGGGGUGGGAGGGGGGCAGUUGCCCCUUGCCCAGGGCUCUGAGCUGCAGCAGGACUAGCUGAGCCAGAGGCGGGACAGGGGCUGGCUUUGCUUCAGAGCCAGAGGGAGGACAGGAGGACAAGACGGACAGGAAGAGGUGUCUUGGCUGAUUGUCACCUCCCCACCCCCAAUCUCCCUCCAGUCCCCGGUGACCUUUCCCCCAGAUCCCAGGGUCCAGGCCCGCCCUUGCCGGGAGGUGUGAAAAACAAAAGCAGCUGGGAUUGGUCAGAGCUGGGGCAGGGGCGUGUCCCAGGCUCUGACUGCCCCAGAGGCUGAGCAGAGCAGGUGGACUCCUGAGAUAGACAAGGGCCAGCCUGGCAGCUACCAGCCUGUCCAAUCCGGAAUUCUGUCCUCCAGACAUGGCCCCAGGCCCCCUCGAUCGUCGGCCCUGUGGCCCUGCGGGGGUGCAGACAGCCUAAAUACAACCACCCCAAAGCUCGUGCCCAUGCCCCUAACUGGGGCAUAGCUGGCCCCUGGCACAGAAGCCAUGGAGACGGUGGCCCCAGCUGUGGACCUAGUGCUGGGCGCUUCUGCCUGUUGCCUGGCCUGUGUCUUCACCAACCCCCUGGAGGUGGUGAAGACACGGCUGCAGCUGCAAGGGGAGCUGCAGGCCCGGGGCACCUACCCACGGCCCUAUCGGGGCUUUGUGGCCUCCGUAGUUGCUGUGGCCCGUGCAGAUGGGCUCUGCGGCCUGCAGAAGGGGCUGGCUGCUGGCCUUCUCUACCAGGGCCUCAUGAAUGGCGUCCGCUUCUACUUCUACAGCCUGGCGUGCCAGGCUGGCCUCACCCAGCAGCCAGGUGGCACCGUGGUCGCAGGUGCUGUAGCUGGGGCACUAGGAGCCUUCGUGGGGAGCCCUGCUUACCUGGUCAAAACGCAGCUGCAGGCCCAGACGGUGGCCGCAAUGGCCGUGGGGCACCAGCACCAUCACCAGAGUGUCCUGGGCGCCUUGGAGACCAUCUGGAGGCAGCAGGGCCUGGCAGGGCUGUGGCGGGGCGUGGGUGGAGCCGUGCCCCGAGUCACAGUUGGCUCGGCUGCCCAACUGGCCACUUUUGCCUCAGCCAAGGCAUGGGUGCAAGAGCAACAGUGGCUCCCGGAGGACAGCUGGCUGGUGGCCCUGGCCGGAGGCAUGAUCAGCAGCAUCGCCGUGGUUGCAGUCAUGACCCCCUUCGACGUGGUCAGCACGCGGCUGUACAAUCAGCCUGUGGACAGAGCUGGCAGGGGCCAGCUGUAUGGGGGCCUCACCGACUGCAUGGUGAAGAUCUGGCAGCAGGAGGGCCCCUUGGCGCUCUACAAGGGUCUUGGCCCCGCCUACCUGCGCCUGGGCCCCCACACCAUCCUCAGCAUGCUCUUCUGGGAUGAGCUCCGGAAACUGGCCAGGCGGUGCCAGCACCAGGGCACCUAGAUGGGGUCCCUCGCCCCCACAUCCUGACACAGCCCAGCACUUGGCAGGAAGCGAUGGCCCACUCCAGCUGGGAAUGGCUGUCCCAGAGCCCUGCCACAGGUCUGGGGAGAAUAUGGACUGCUGCAGUCAACCCAGCCCUGUGGCCCACCCAGAGCCAGAGCAUCUGCCCCAAAUUACCACCCACUCUGUUCUCCAGAAAGUUCUCAUCCCUCUCUGUACUGGGUUACCUUAUCCCAGAGCCCUUACUCAUUGUUAUAAUAACUGCUCCGGGGCACGAGCAUCUCCACAAGCUGGGUCACUUACGUGCAUCCACUUGCUUAGUCCUCGAUCAACAGUCUGAGACAGUAAAAUCCUUCUACUGAUGAGGAACCUCAGGCUCAGAGAGGUGAAGUGCUUUGACCAAAGCCACACAGCUCUGAAGUGGCAGAGCCUGGACUGGAACUCAGCUCUGCCCACCCCAGACCUGUGCCCUUGGCAAGGACCAGGCCCAUGAGGGCUGGCGUGCCCCUGGGGGAUCCCUGUACACAUGGGGAUGCCCUGGGCUGCACCGUGAGGCCGUGCUGUCAUCAUCUGUGUUAGUCUGCUGGGGCCACCAUCACGGAGUACCUCAGCCUGGGCGGCUUAAAUGACAGAAAGGUACUGUCUCACAGUUCUGGAGGCUGCAGGUCCGAGAUCGGGGUGUGGGCAGGGCUGGUUUCCUCUGGACCUCUCUCCUUGGCCUGUGGACGGCUGUCUCCUCCCUGUGUCUUCACAUGGUCUUCCUUCUGUGCGUGGCUGUGUCCUCAUCUCCUCUUCUCAUAAGGCCACCAGUCAUGUUGGAUCAGGGCCACCCUAAUGGCCUCCUGUUACCUUACUCACCUCUUUAAAGGUUCUUUCUCCAGUCACCCUCUCAGGUACUGGGGUCAGGACUGCAGUCUAUGAACUGGGGGAGACACAUUCAGCCCAUAGCGUCAGCUAAGGGUUUUUACUGAAGGCCUCGUAGGUGCCCAGCACUGUGGGCUUUUGCACAGAUCCUCAUGACACUUCUGGAAGAGAGCUCCUGCCAUGCCCCUUGUCCAGAUGAGGAGGUGAGGCCCGGAGCAGGGAAGUGACUUGCCCAAGGGGAGUGGCAGAGCCAGGUGUCCUCAUCGUGGGCCCUUUCCCCGAGCUGCAGCCACGCUCCCCCAUGGGUGUGUUCCGAAGGCCCGCAUGGACCGUUGUGCUACAGAGGUGGACACCCAGUCCCUGGAGGGGCAGGCCUGGCCGGGUCAAGCUGCCUGAACCACCUUCUCUGCACACCCUGCGUCUGUGAAGAGCGUCUCCCAGGGCAGCCCUACCACACUCCAAGCAAAUAAAGUUUUCUAUUUUGUUUACUUCAA